GAGCUCGACCACUCGGCCACCUUCACUCUCUUCCUCUUCGAAAUCGUCUUCCUUCUUCCAUUCCAUUCCAUUCCUCUCCGUUUCCUUCUUUCUCUCUCUGUCUCUAUAUAUAUAGAGAGAGAGUAAAGCACGAUUUUUGAAGCAAGAGAAGCAGGAAGUAGUAGCAUGAGGACGGGAGGUGGCAUUCUGCAGCACGGCCUCACGCCGGCGGCAGCCGCCGUGGUCGGAAAGGCCGUAUUCCUAGCACGGAGGCGUGGACACGCCCAGGUGACCCCGCUCCACGUCGCCACAGCUAUGCUCAACGCCGGCGGGCCCCUUCGCGCUGCCUGCCUCCUCUCCCUCUCCCACCCCCUCCGCUGCAACGCCCUCGACCUCUGCCUCAACGUCGCCCUGAACCGCCUUCCCGCCUCGCACCACGACCGCCUCCUCCCCUCCCUCUCCAACGCCCUCGUCGCCGCCUUCAAGCGCGCCCAGGCCCAGCACCGCCGCGGCAGCGCGGCCGCCACGGAUACCUCCUCCGCAGCACCGGCGACGCUCCUUGCUGUCAAGAUCGAGCUCGACCACCUCGUCGUCUCCAUCCUCGACGACCCCAGCGUGAGCCGCGUCAUGCGCGAGGCAGGCUUCUGCAGCACCCAGGUCAAGCUCAACCUCCAACAGUCCGCCGCCAAAACCAGACCAAAUUCUCCCAAAGCAAACCGCGACGACGAAAUUCGCGUUAUGGAAGCCCUUAUAAGCAAGGAAAGGCGGAACCUUGUGGUCGUCGGAGAGUGCUUGGACGCCAUUGAUGCAGUAGUCCGAGCUGUAAUAGACAGAGUACAAAACGGGGGAGAUGAUGUACCAGAGGCUCUAAAAAACGCUCAGCUCAUCACACUCCCACUCUCCUCCUUCAAGAACACCACAAGAUCAAAUUUUGAUCAGAAAAUCGCAGAACUAAGAGAACUCUUCAGAGAUUCCAGCGUUAGAACAGGGCUUGUCCUGUACCUGGGAGAUCUCCAAUCCAUUACUGAAAAAAACAGAGCCAUUAAUGGCGAUGCAGUGGAGCAAGUGAUCAUGGAGAUUAGAAGCUUAAUCUUUAACGAAAUCAACACUCGAAGAGUAUGGCUUAUGGGGAUCGCAACCUACCAAACUUACAUGAGCUGCAAGGUUGGGUGCCCUUCUUUGGAAGCUCUUCUUGGUCUUCACCCUCUCACCAUUCCUGCUAUAAGCCUGGAGUUAAGCCUCAAUUUUGAUAGUGGUUCAGGUUUCAAUUGUGAAGAAGAAGCCCAAAGCAUCAACCUUCAUUCUAACAAUUUCUUCAAUUACUAUUCAGUAGCUUCUUCAACUCUGCCGCCUUCUCCUUGGCACCAACAUUACAAAUGCUCUUCAGCUUCUCCACACGAUGAAGAUUCAUCUUCAUCGAAUUCUUCCAUCUCUUCCUUUGAUCAGCUCCCCCUGAGCUUGCUUCCGAAUCGACAAAGCUUGCAGUCGUCGCCGGUUUCUAUGUUCAAUAAGUCGAAUCCUAAUUCAUGCACCUCAAGUAGCACCAUGGAAAUUGAGUACCUUCCCAAGUUCAAGGAGUUUAAUGGUGAGAAUUGGAAGAUUCUUUCCGAUACAUUGGAGAAGAAGCUUCCAUGGCAGCAAGAAACCGUUGCGGAGAUAGCUAGCACGGUUCUUAGAAGUAGAUCGGGGAUGGUUAGACGAAAAGGAAAGCAAGAAACAACAUGGUUGUUAUUCCAAGGUGAAGAUGUAGAAGGUAAAAGAAGGAUAGCUGAGGAGCUUGCAAGCCUCAUAUUUUGCUCACAAUCUAACUUUGCCUCAAUUGGCCUCAACAACUCCCGACUAGUCGAUGUCGGUGAUGUUCAUUCUCCUUGCAAGAAAAGGCCUAGAUUUGAGGUGAAUGAAAGUUGUCUCGAUAGAUUAUUCCAAUCGAUCAAUGAGAAUCCUCACCGUAUUAUCUUGAUCGAAGAAGAUAUCGAGCAACUAGAUCACCAAACCCAAAUCGGUUUGAAGGAUGCAAUGGAGGGAGGAAAAUUGAGGAGCAACUGUGGAGUGGAAGUGAGCCUAAGUGAUGCAAUUAUCAUUCUAACAAGUCGCAAAGGCUUCAAACACAAGUCUUCGGGAAUUAAUGAGCAUGAGAAAGAAGUAAACUCGCAUCUUUCGUUGGAUUUGCAUCUUUCAACCGUAGUGUAUCAUGAUAAUACUCAAGAUUAUGUUUCGUUCGAUAGGGUUGGUCUUUCGGAGUCGGUGGAUGGUGUAUUUUCCUUUAAUUUUCUUCGUCAAGACAUGUAAUAGAAUGUGAGAUAUAGAAGCUAAGGUUUCGUUUAGAUAAGAGUUUUGAUUUGUUAGGUAAUUAUAUGGUUGAAGCUUGAUGUAGGGAAACACUUGUAAAUUAUUAAUCUUCUUUAAAUUGGUUUAGUGUUGGCUUUACUA